AUGCCUGUGUUGCAACCUUAUGCAGUUAGACAAGCCCCCCGGAGUUCUCUGGUCUUUGCAGAGAGUGGCUUCACUUGGCCUGUUUCUGACAAGGAACUUCCAGUUCACGUCAGGAAAUGGGGACCCCACUGCCUGUUGGGCUGCUCCCAUGAGGCAGAAGGACCCCCCCAGAUGCCUCCUCCACCAUCUCCUCUGUGUGCUGAAGGGAAAAGAACCACCAUGCAGCCAGCUCAGGCAGGAGUGUCCUUUGAGGAGGUGGCCGUGCACUUCACCUCGGGGGAGUGGGCCCUGCUGCGCCCAGCCCAGAGAGCUCUCUACAAGGAAGUCAUGCUGGAGAAUUAUGGGAACGUGGCGUCUCUGGGGCCUCUGAUCCCCAAACCUGACCUCAUAUCCUGGCUGGAAGAAGAAGAGGAAGGGCUGUUUCUCCUGGACUGCGAUGAAGAGGAGGGAUCAUCAGGUAGGGGCUGA